AUGCCUUCCCACUCAUCCCACUCGUCCUCGCGCCGCUCCCACGCCAGCAGCUCCUCAGGCAAGAACGAUGUCUAUCUCGGCAACGGCGCCGGUGGCAGCUCAUCUCACCGGUCCAAGUACGUCCAGGAGAAGAAGUGGUUCUGCGCGUGGUGCCACUUUGGGCCCUUGGACUGGACCUACGAUACCCACUGCCUUGAGUGUGGACGCGCCCGCGACCAGUACUGCCGCAUCGAGUACCGCUCGCGAAAGACGACAGCUGGUGGAUCUCUCUUCUGCAGCAUGGAGGCUCAUAGGGAGAGUCCCUUGGAAAACGCGAUGGCCUUCCUAGGAUGGCUGCUGGUGUUCACAUCCCGUGAGCAAUCAUCUCCUUCCUCGGCACGGCAUCCUUCCAUCCGACUCUCCUCGCCCAACCUCCGCGACAUCAUCUACAACCGGCUUCCUGCCGAUGGGAAAAGAAAGAGCAUGGCGUUGGGAGUCGGACACAAAUUGAUACCCAUUUACAGGCGUUGGAUUCUUGUUUUCAAUUAA